AUGGCCGAAACAUCCUUGCAUGAUCUCUGUAAGGGAUUUGGAGCCUUGCUCAGUCGAAGUAAGCAACCAUCUUUCCCAGAAGAAGCUUCUCGAUUGAACGAUCGCGGCAACCUUCCUCUUCACGCUGCUUGCAGUUUCCAAGCUUCUGCAGAUGUCAUAGAAACCCUGCUCAAGGCGUAUCCAGGAGGAGCGUCUCAGCCCAACGGUGUCGGCAACUUGCCCAUUCACCAAGCUGCCAUGUGGCAAGCUCCCGUCGAAUCCAUUGAGAUCCUAUUGAGCCGUCACCCCGAAGGCGCCACGGUCCGCAAUCAAUACGGAUCUUUGCCGCUCCACAUGGCCGCUUCCAACCGUGCGUCCCCCGAAGUCGUCAAGUUGCUAGUCGAUGCCUACCCGGAUGCCUUGCACUUGCAAAAUGACGAUGGCAUGACUCCCUUGGAUCUUGCCAUGGCAGACGAAACCAUGGCCAACGAUCAAGUCUUGGCCAUGUUGGAAGGGCGUCCUCCUCCUCCAGAACUUACCAGAAGACAAAAGGCCGAACGAUUCGACGAACGCGCCACGGUCUUGGAACGCAAGGCGCGUGCUUUGAGACUCGCCAACCCCAACAAUGGGGCUGGAGGACCCGCCAAUAACAAUCUAAAGUUGACUCUGGCAGCGGUCCGCAAAUUGGCCGAUCGCUUUCCUCAUUCCUUGUAUGCGGCGGGGAUGGAUCCCAACGAAUUGGAAAUUGCCUUUUCCGAUCAAUUGGAAUCUGGUAACAAGGUCGAUGCCGAACAAAUUCUGUUGGAUGCCGUCCGACGUCGUGCCAAGAAUCAAACACGGGAUGCCCGUGGAAUUCCCAUUGAUCGGGCCGGUAUGCCAUCUGGACCCAGAGAUCGUGUGGAAGAAUUGUUGGCCUCGAUUAUUGGAUUGGAACACAUCAAGGCACAAUUGCGCGGAUUGCGUCGUACGGCCGAGAUUUGCGACUUGAAGGAAUCCUUGAUUCCACCUCAGUCGGGACAACGAACCGGACGAACGCACCCCAUGUCAUUGAUUCCUCCUACUCUAUCGGAAGAUACGGGACGUCCAUCGGCCCAUCACACUGUCUUUUUGGGAAAUCCAGGUUCUGGAAAGACGGCCGUCGCUCGUUUGUUGGCCAAGGCGUACCAUGAAUUGGGUAUCUUGAGAAAACCCAAAUUCCUGGAGGUGGAACGCCUGGACUUGGUUGGCAGAGAUAAAUCGACGACUGUCAUGAAAACCAAGGAGGUCAUUGACGAAGCACGUGGAGGUAUUCUAUUUAUUGAUGAGGCCUACACUCUUGGUAUGGCCAGUAAGAAGAACAAGUUGGAUACCGGGGCGGAUUGUAUCAAUGAGAUUAUUCGUUCCAUUGAUGAAUCAGCAGCCCGCGGUGGAGACGAUAACCACCCAGUCGUCAUCUUGGCAGGUUUCCCCGUGGAAAUGAACACUUUCCUGGUCUUCAACACGGACCUUCGCAAGCGAUUCCCAUUGACUUUUGAAUUCCCAGACUAUACUUGUCUGGAAUUGGCACAAAUCUUUAUCGAUUUGGCCAAUGCCAAGGGAUUCGAUUUGUCUCCCGAACUGAAGCCAUCGGUUAUUGCUCACUUGCUAGAGGGAGAAACUUCGGAACUUUGGCGUAGUGAGCGCAAUGGACGAGUCAGUGAAAUGUUAUUGACGGGAUGCCGUAACGAAGUUCGCAAGCGUAUGCGCAUUGCACAAAUGGAAGAUGACUUGGAAUUUGAUCCGCAAUUGAUCAUUCAAACUGAUUUGGAAAAUAUCAUUCAAACCGAAUUCAAGUAG